CGGUCUUACCCGUUGACGUGUUUCCACAGAGCAGAUGGCUUUACACAUAAAUCCUAUUAACAACUUUCUGCUGAUGGAGGCGCACUGAAUACAGGGCUUUCUCACUCUUUCAUUAUCUUGGGAGCCUUGUUUUGUUAUUUUCUUCUGUAUUUUCUAACCUCUACAAACAAGCCAAACUCAAGAGGCCGCACAAUGUCUGCAGAAAAGCCAAAAAAGAAGAAAGAGGAGGCUAACAGCACAACCGAGACUAAGCUGAACGGGACCGAGGCCAAGAUAAAAAAAAUUAAAAGCAAAAAGAGCGAAGAGGCGUCAGAGGAGAGCCUGGCCUUGCAAAAUGGCAAAAAGGUGAAGAAAAAGAAACCAGAGAAAAAUAAAGAAGAACCGGAAAAAGAGAAGGAAAAGGAGACAAAAAAAAAAGUUAAAAGUGCUCCCAAAAAAAAGAAAGGUUCCGUCACGGACGAUGAUGACGACGAGGACGAGGACACUCCUAAAACGAAAACCAAGAGAAAGACGACCAAGGACAGCUCACCAACCGCUAGUUCUGCCAAAGAGAAGAAAUCUAAAUCUAAAGAGGACAAAGAUGAUGGAAAAGAAAAGAAGACCAAGUCCAAAGAUAAAGAUAAGAAGAAAGAACCAGCCUCAAUGUUCCAGAUAAAUGGUGAUAAGGAAUCAAAAAGCAAAAAGAAAGCAGCCACCAAGUCUGACAGCAAUGACAGUGAAGAAGAGACAAAGUCCACCAAAUCAAAGAAAAAAUCGGCCGCCAGCUCCACGUCGUCUCUGUUUCAAACGUCAGGGGACAAAGACAAGGACAAGAAGACAAAGAAGAAAGGCAAAUUUAUUAUUCCUACCACAUAUUGCUCCUCACUUAAAUCACUGACACAAGUGUUGUUUACCUCAGGAAAGGCAGACGAGAGCGAGGAUUCUGAAUCGGAAAAAGAAGAGAAAUCCAAAAAGAAAAAGGGUAAAGGGAAGAAGAAGAAGGCAAGAUCGCCCUCACCGGAGAUUGAGUUUGACAACUUGGAGGUUUUUGUGAUGGAGCCGGCGCCUCAAGGCGUGACUGUCAAAUGCAGAGUGACUCGGGACCAGCGGGGGAUGGAUAAAAGCCUCUAUCCUCUUUAUUACCUUCAUCUAGACAACGAGAAGAAGACAUUUCUGUUGGCUGGCAGGAAAAGAAAGAAAAGCGCUACAUCAAAUUAUCUCAUUUCCAUUGAUGCCACAGACUUAUCAAGAGGUGGAGAGAAUUUUGUAGGAAAGCUGAGGUCAAAUUUAAUGGGCACUAAGUUCACGGUGUUUGACAACGCUCUAAACCCCGAAAGAGCCCUUCCAGACAUGUCGAAUGCUCGGCAGGAGUUAGCAGGCAUCAUCUAUCAAACAAAUGUGUUGGGCAUGAAGGGGCCCAGAAGGAUGACGGUCAUCAUUCCCGGUAUGGACAAGAACAACGACAGAGUUCCCCUCCGGCCAAGAAAUGAUUAUGACGGCUUGUUAAUAAGACACGAGAAUAGAAGGAUGGAAAAUCUGAUUGAGCUUCACAAUAAGACGCCUGUGUGGAACGAAGAAACGUCGUCACAUGUGCUCAACUUCAACGGCAGGGUCACCCAGGCCUCCAUUAAGAACUUCCAGAUUGUCCAUAGUAAAGAUUUGGACUACAUUGUAAUGCAGUUUGGCCGAAUUGCCGACGACAUUUUCACACUGGAUUUCAAGUACCCGAUGUGCGCUGUGCAGGCCUUUGCCAUCGCGCUCUCUAGCUUUGAUGGUAAACUUGCCUGCGAGUAACGUAGGAGGCCCAUAUGUUGCUGCUGACGACUGCAUGCAAGACACACCCACACACACACCUGUCAGACCAACCCAAGCCUUUGGAUUUGCCGCUGAUAAACAACAGCACAGAGAAUGUGAUAAUACCUGCUGCUGCUGUGGAGGUGCUACUCUCUUGGGUGUGUUGUUCCCUGCCAGGAGUGUGUCAAACAAAGAUGGCUUCACAUUGUCAUCUGAUCUGCGCUGGACACUCACUGUUUUAUUUCUCACUAAUCAGCGGAAAUAUUUACUGUUAACCCGCAUGUCAUGGAAAAGGUCAUUAUCAUCGUUACAAUGGUGUUGCGAUGUAUUUCAUUGCAGUCAAAUGAAGGUAAUGUUUGAUUUGCGCCAGGCUAAUUUAUCUGUCAUGCCCAAAGUACGCGGUUCUAGGGGCAAUGGGGCUCUGGCUGUAUUGCUUCAUAAUAAUGAUCUACAUAGACCUUUUGAUGUGUUGAAAAACUUUAUUUGGAUUUUUUGUAUAUGGAUUUGCACCCAGUGAAGCACAUGGAUUCCCUCACAAAAAAAGUGCUGCUAUAUUAAAAACACAUUUGUUAUAACUUUUGCUUUCAUUUCCAGCUAUCAGGUAUUAUUAAACAGCAUACAGUUCAUUUGCAUUACAACUUCAGUUGUGAACCUGUAAAGAAUGUUUAUUAUUAAGUUUCUUGCUGAUGUGUUUCUUUUACCUACAUUAGAUUUUGCACAGUUUUUGAUUUCUAACAUUUUUAACAAUAUAUAUUUUUUUCCAUUUCUAGGCCUCUUGCAACAAUGUUAUUUAACAAAGCAUGUCAAAUUAAUGCAUGCAUGUGUUUCAUCUAAUGGUGUGUCGUCGGGCCAGCAAGGCUUCUCUGCUGGCCUAAACACUAUCAGAAGCACUGGCCUAAAUUUACAUCUUAAAUUGCAGUAUUUGUUGCAUGAAAUUGUAUUAAUUUAUUCCCAAUAGUCUAUUAUCUUCAUUUAAUAGCGUGUUUCUUGGCUUCACUGCUUCCAUUAGUGUAUGUUAAUUUUUUUAGUACAAUCAGAUUUCAGCUUCUAUGUGUUGUCAUAUCAAUGAAAUCUGCCCAGGGCCCCGUGACCCUCGUGAGGACAAGCGGCAUAGAAAAUGGAUGGAUGGAGGGCUGUUGUUUUAACCAAUCAGAUUUCAUAUUGCCUCUCGAGGCCAGCAAGCUGGCCCACAGGGACAUCAGCUUUUUUCCAUCCUCUGAUGGGUUGAUCAAAACUGGCCCACAAGCCAUGUUGCGCCCACAGUGGCAGACUAAAGAUGAAAAAUUAACAUCUCUUGUGAGUAGAUGUAUUUUAUUUGAAAGGCUGUACAUUUUUGUCAUGUUAUUAGAUGCAUAUUUAUUCUGAACUGCUCUGGAUGAUGUUUGUAGUUGUCUGAACCGUUUCUCACAGAGCUGUUCCACUUACGCUCGUUACAUUUGGCUGAGUUCCAAGUUUAUGAGACUAAGCGCUAGCAUGGUCCAGUGAUAAUGACGCUUGCGCUAAACACAGGGAAACCGUGGUUUGAAACCCUGCCGUGGACAAUUUUUAUUAGGUUUAUUAUGAUUAUUGUUAAUACUACUACACCACUACUGUAAAAAAAACACUUACAAACCACCCCAGUCUUUAUUCAGUUCAUGCCCCACAGGUUUUGUUGACGUCUUACAUUUUUUAGGACCUUUUAAACAGUAUCUAUCUUCUGCUUUUUCGCCGGCGGCUUGCAGCUAAUUAGACAGGUUUGAGUCGCCCGAGCGCUGGCUCCAAAAUGAAAAACCAGUUUGAGGCGACAGCUCCAAGAGUACGUGUGAGGUGAGGAUUCUGCCUCAACCUGCUCAGGCAGUUGUCCAAACUUGAAAUAAAGCAUUAAAGUUGGCAGCCUUUCAAGACGGACGCGCAAAGGUGAGCUCUUCCUCUCCUGUGACGUCCAGCCCACACAGCAGUCAAGUUUAUCGGGCCCCCUUACUUAUUUAUCACAGACAUAAUUUCAGAAGUCAUUGCAAUCAUGAUGUUGACCAAAAGAAGAAGCUGUUGCAGGGUGGGGGAAACAUGUUCAGGAUCUUUGCUUUUCACCUUUUAUAAAAACUGUGAGAAAGAAGUUCCACUUCAAACACACCCAACAUUUAUGCACCUUGUAUUUCCAAAUAAUCUGCAUUUUUACAGUUAUUACUAGCUCUAAUUAUGUUUAUGGCUGAUCUUUGGCUUCUACUUUCAUGUUGGUCUACAGUACAAAUGAAUCUAUUUGGCAUG